AUGGAUGAAAAUCUGAAAAACAGGCUCACGGAAAUUGAAAAAAGGCUGAACAAAACGGACAACACUUUGCAAGAAAUAGGAGGCAUCAUGAAGGAGGUGGCACGCAUCCUGUCAACAAACACCACAACAGGAGAGAGCUUUGGAACCAAACUGGUUGGUAUGGAUCAAAACCUGCUUACAUUGGAGAGCAAACUGACUGCAGAACUGCGCAACAUUGAACAUAAAAUGCCGGAUUCCUGCCUCGAAUCGUUCGACAUUAGGCUCCUGAAGCUUGCCGAAAGCAAAAAGAUCAUAGAUAUGCGAGCCGAAUCCGUACAAAAGCAGAGUACCGUAGUGGAAAUAUGCAAGCAGAUACUUCCAGAUCUGACCAAAACUAGAAAACCGUUACAUUCGUGUCGGCAAGCUCCGGCAGGCAUAUCAGGAACCUAUACGAUUCAACUGAACACAAAUUCCACACCAUUCGAAGUGUUCUGCGAGCAGAGAAAGUUCGAAGGUGGUUGGAUCGUCAUUCAGCAUCGGUUCAACGGCGCUGUGGACUUCUACCGGAAUUGGACGGAGUAUCGCGACGGUUUUGGCGACUUGGAAGGCGAAUUUUGGUUAGGAUUAGAGCAUGUGCAUCAGCUAACGAAAAAUCGACCGCAUCAGCUGGUAGUAGAGUUUAGGGAUUUCCAUGACAAUUAUGGCAACGUUACAUACGGAGAGUUUGAGAUCCAAUCGGAGGCCGACUCAUACCGGGUGAAAAAGAUCGGGAAAUUCACAGGUCCUGCAACAUCUGAUAACUUUAUCACCUACCGGGGUCGUAAGUUUACCACGUUCGAUCGUAACAACGACGCCUUCGAUAUGGACUGCGCAGUGCUUCGGCACGGAGCCUGGUGGUACGAAGGUUGCACCAAUCAAAACUUGAACGGACGCUAUCAGAAUACCACGAACGAUCCAAGUUCGAUGACCUGGUUCGGAUUGAAAAAUGACUUCCGUGGUCUAUCGUUUUCGAGAAUAAUGAUUCGCGAUAAUAUUGAUUGA